AUGGCUGAUACUGCUUUUGACAGCCGAAAUGGUGGUGUGUCAUAUCAGCAACUGAAUACAACCGAUUCAGAAAAUGCAUCAUCCAGUUUGCAACCAUCAAACUUCUCGUUUAGCAAAAAGCCUAUGGUGAACACAACAAGGUCUGGGCGUUGCUCCCAGAUUUCUAUAAUACAUGAUUUCCCUCCUCAACGUUGUGAUCGUGUUGAUCAUGAUUGUGAUCACAGAAAAUUUUACUGUAAAUACAGAGGAAUUCUCAAGAAUAAAGACCAGCUUUCAGAUGACUUAAUAAACGAUCUGUCGUUCGAUUAUGACUAUGACGAAAAAAUUCGUGCUCCACGAAUGUCAAAUCUAAAUACUUUUCAUUCUUCUGGUACUAGCAAGAGCGGGACACCUAAUCUGUUGAGUACAAGUGAGCAACAGAGAUUGUUACAUCCCCAAAAAAGGUCUAUGUCUCCGGCAGCCAAUAGUUCUUACAAGCCUGCAGAAUUUGAGCUUCCGGAACGGGCUAAGAGUUCUCAAGAUGUGUUGAAAGAGCAGAAACAGCAACAAAAUAUUCAUCAAGAGGCCGCAACACCCGGGUUUCUGCUUCAUGCUUAUACCUUUCGCAAAAAGUCUAUCGCAUCUUCCGGUUCAUCAGGAGUUUCUCCCGGAAAAACUACCACUAUUGAGUUAGAUGAUACAUCCGAUAAUGAAACAAGCGAUAACCAGAAAUAUAGUCAUGUUGCAAAACAGACCGAGCAGGCUAGACCUUUAUAUCUCUCUGGCUUUAAAAGCACGUCCUCCCAGAAACGAUUACGUCAGAUAGAUGAGCCAAGUACUUUGCCAGGUUAUAUCCCUCCUGUUUUAAGGGCCAUCGAUAAAGAUUCGCUUAUAAUACCCAAAUCCACGACAGAGGAGGAUAAUAACACCCCUCCUAACAGAAAUCAGAAUAUGAGACGGGGGCCAUUCUCGGAAGCUGGUCUUCUGAGCAACAAAUGUAGCACAGCCAACCUCAGAUUAAAAGCAUCGUCCAGGAUUAUGUCAAUUGAAGACAAGCUUCUUUCUCGUGAAUUACUACACAGCUCCUCUUCAUUGUUCAGAUUGGGUUAUAGUUCAAAACUCGAGCCAACCCAUUCUUGUUGGAAGCCAAAUAAUUCGAGUAAUUACUGUGAAGCAUGUGAAAAGCCAUUUACUAUGGUGAGAAGAAGGCAUCACUGCAGACACUGUGGAUAUUUGUUCUGCGCCGAUUGCUUACAACAAAAAGCGAAUCUUAAUUUAUUAGCGAAGUUUGAGAAUCCCUACCCAGUAGAGGACAGAAAGGAACUUUGUGCAAUAACAUCUGAUCCUGGACUCAAGAGAUCUUCCGACACGGAUGAUAGUACCGCUUGCUCUUCAAAUGGAUCUUUGAGUGAACAGCUCUUUAAAGUUAUUUCACAUGAUUCUACUGCAUCCUCCAGAUCUACCUCAGUGGACUAUUCGAAGUUUAGUAAAGUCUGUUUUAAGUGUUAUGAGGCAUGGAUUGAAUUUUUAGGUGAAGGGUCGGAGUUUGAGUCUGAUCACAAGGAUUUAGACGUUUUGGAAAAUACCAACAAAUCAGAAGGCAAGAGAAGAAAAAGUUCUGUUGCAAAAGGUGUUCCCAGCGAUUGGACAUGGAGCUCCUUUUAA